GGAGCAGACCAAAAUCCCAAACAAGGAAAUGGUGGGGGAAUAAAACGAGCAGAUUAUUUAAUUAAUGCAUGUAAUAAUUAAUAUUUUAUUUUAUUGUAAAUUAAGGCGUAUUUAUGGGUUGAAAUGGAUUACGACUUCAAAACAAAGCUGGCGGCCGAGAGAGAGAGAGUAGAAGAUCUGUUCGAAUAUGAAGGUUGCAAAGUGGGUCGAGGCACCUACGGGCACGUUUAUAAAGCUAAGCGCAAAGACGGGAAUGAUGAGAAAGAGUACGCACUGAAACAAAUUGAAGGCACUGGAAUAUCGAUGUCUGCCUGCAGGGAAAUUGCUCUGUUACGAGAACUGAAACACCCAAAUGUCAUCGCCCUGCAGAAGGUGUUUCUGUCCCACAGUGACAGGAAGGUUUGGCUCCUCUUUGACUACGCUGAGCACGACCUCUGGCACAUCAUCAAGUUCCACCGCGCCUCUAAGGCCAACAAGAAGCCCAUGCAGCUGCCCCGAGGGAUGGUGAAGUCUCUCCUGUAUCAGAUUCUGGAUGGGAUCCAUUACCUCCAUGCCAACUGGGUUCUCCACAGGGAUCUGAAACCGGCUAACAUCCUGGUGAUGGGGGAAGGUCCCGAACGAGGAAGGGUUAAAAUCGCUGACAUGGGUUUCGCCAGACUUUUCAACUCUCCGCUCAAACCGCUGGCGGACCUCGACCCCGUGGUGGUGACCUUCUGGUACAGGGCCCCCGAACUGCUACUGGGGGCCCGGCACUACACCAAAGCUAUCGAUAUUUGGGCUAUUGGUUGCAUCUUUGCGGAGCUGUUAACGUCGGAGCCCAUAUUUCACUGUCGCCAAGAAGACAUCAAGACCAGUAACCCCUUCCAUCACGACCAACUGGACAGGAUAUUCAGCGUCAUGGGUUUCCCUGCAGAUAAAGACUGGGAAGACAUCAGGAAGAUGCCCGAGUACCCGACACUGCAGAAAGACUUCAGACGAACAACGUACGCAAACAGCAGCUUAAUCAAAUACAUGGAGAAGCAUAAAGUCAAACCAGACAGCAAAGUCUUCCUGUUGCUGCAGAAACUCCUCACCAUGGACCCCACCAAAAGAAUCACAUCAGAGCAGGCGCUGCAGGACCCCUACUUCCUGGAGGAUCCUCUACCAACCACUGAUGUGUUCGCUGGGUGUCUGAUCCCGUACCCCAAACGAGAGUUCUUAAAUGAAGAUGAACCGGAGGAGAAAACAGAAAAGCAGAACCAGACCCAGCAGCACCAGCAGACCACCGGCCAGACUCAGGCACAGAACCAGCAGCAGGCCGCAGCCCAGCAGGCACCAUCCCAGCAGAGCUCGGCCCAGACCAACGGCACUAGCGGAGCUACAGGGGGGGCUGCCGGCGGGGGUUUACAACAUGGCCAGGACCAGGGCCCCCCUAACAAGAAACCUCGGAUCGGGCCCUCUGGAGCCUCCUCAGGCACUGGGGUGCUUCAGUCAGAGUACCAGCACUCCGGCACCCGCCUUGGUUACCAAAGCAACGUCCAAGGUUCCACUCAGCCCCAGAGCACCAUGGGAUACACGUCGUCCUCCCAGCAGAGCUCCCAGUACUCCCACCAGACCCACCGUUACUGAGGCUCCAGCUCAAUCCUGAACCAGCAGAGGAGUCAAACUCCUCCUCCUCCUCCCUCGGCAGGCGCCAUCGCUCCCACUCCGCUCUGCUCUGACCCC